AUGGCCUGGAUGGGUCUGGAACUGUGGCAAGAUAAGGCUCUGAGACAAGGUGCCAGGAGAAAGAUGAAUUCAAUCAUCUAUUUCUGCCAGGAAGAAAAGCACCAGGAAGAAAUCAGAUUUGCUGCCCCCUUUGACGAUGAUGACAAGAUCGUUGGGGGCUACACCUGUCAGAAGAAUUCUCUCCCCUACCAGGUGUCCCUGAAUUCUGGCUACCACUUCUGCGGUGGCUCCCUCAUCAACGAACAGUGGGUGGUGUCAGCAGGUCACUGCUACAAGUCCCGCAUCCAGGUGAGACUGGGAGAGCACAACAUCGAAGUCCUGGAGGGGAAUGAGCAGUUCAUCAAUGCAGCCAAGAUCAUCCGCCACCCCCAAUACGACAAGAAGACUCUGAACAAUGACAUCAUGUUAAUCAAGCUCUCCUCACGUGCAGUCAUCAACGCCCGCGUGUCCACCAUCUCUCUGCCCACCGCCCCUCCAGCCACUGGCACGAAGUGCCUCAUCUCUGGCUGGGGCAACACUGCGAGCUCUGGCGCCGACUACCCAGACGAGCUGCAGUGCCUAGACGCUCCUGUGCUGAGCCAGGCUAAGUGUGAAGCCUCCUACCCUGGAGAGAUUACCAGCAACAUGUUCUGUGUGGGCUUCCUUGAGGGAGGCAAGGAUUCCUGUCAGGGUGACUCUGGUGGCCCUGUGGUCUGCAAUGGACAGCUCCAAGGAGUUGUCUCCUGGGGUGAUGGCUGUGCCCAGAAGAACAAGCCUGGAGUCUACACCAAGGUCUACAACUAUGUGAACUGGAUUAAGAACACCAUUGCUGCCAACAGCUAAAGCCCCCAGUAUCUCUUCAGUCUCUAUACCAAUAAAGUGACCCUGUUCUCAC